UCUCAGCUGCUGCCGGGCGGAAAAGGGCCCAGACUAACGAAGCCGAGCGACGAUCUCAUCUGAUGCAACCUGCCCAAAUCCGCGUGACAGUUCCAGACUCACCGAGGCGGUCGCGGCGGCUACUGAGGAAGGGGCGCGAGCCCUGCGCUGAACGGGCGAGGUAGGAACGGAGGAACCAUGGGAGACGCUCCAAGCCCUGAAGAGAAGUUGCAUCUUAUUACCCGGAACCUACAGGAGGUUCUGGGGGAAGACAAGCUGAAGGAGAUCCUGAAGGAGCGGGAACUUAAAGUUUACUGGGGAACCGCCACCACCGGCAAGCCUCAUGUGGCCUACUUCGUGCCCAUGUCGAAGAUCGCAGACUUCCUGAAGGCAGGUUGCGAGGUAAAGAUUCUGUUUGCGGACCUUCACGCAUACCUAGAUAACAUGAAAGCCCCGUGGGAACUCCUAGAACUCCGAACCACCUACUAUGAAAACGUGAUCAAGGCAAUGCUGGAGAGCAUUGGUGUGCCCUUGGAAAAGCUCAAGUUCAUCAAAGGCACCGACUACCAGCUCAGCAAAGAGUACACCCUGGAUGUGUACCGCCUCUCCUCAGUGGUCACGCAGCAUGACGCCAAGAAAGCGGGCGCCGAGGUGGUCAAGCAGGUGGAGCACCCUUUGCUGAGCGGUCUGCUGUACCCUGGACUGCAGGCCUUGGAUGAAGAGUAUUUGGAAGUCGAUGCUCAGUUUGGAGGCAUUGACCAGAGAAAGAUUUUCACCUUUGCAGAAAAGUACCUCCCUGCACUAGGCUACUCGAAACGCGUCCAUCUCAUGAAUCCGAUGGUCCCAGGGUUAACUGGCAGCAAAAUGAGCUCAUCAGAAGAGGAGUCCAAGAUUGAUCUCCUUGAUCGGAAGGAAGAUGUGAAGAAAAAGCUGAAAAAGGCCUUCUGUGAGCCAGGGAAUGUGGAGAACAAUGGGGUUCUGUCCUUCAUCAAGCAUGUCCUAUUUCCCCUCAAAUCUGAAUUUGUGAUCCUUCGAGAUGAGAAGUGGGGUGGAAACAAGACCUACACAGCUUACUUGGACCUGGAGAAGGACUUUGCUGGUGAGGUUGUCCACCCAGGAGACCUAAAGAAUUCCGUUGAAGUCGCCCUGAACAAGUUGCUGGAUCCCAUCCGGGAAAAGUUUAAUACCCCUGCUCUGAAGAAACUCGCCAAUGCUGCCUACCCAGAUCCCUCGAAGCAGAAGCCACUUGCCAAAGGUCCUGCUGCCAAGAAUUCAGAGCCAGAAGAGGUCAUCCCGUCUCGCCUGGAUAUCCGUGUGGGGAAAAUCGUCAGUGUGGAGAAGCACCCCGAUGCAGACAGCCUGUACGUGGAGAAGGUUGACGUGGGGGAAGCUGAACCGAGGACAGUGGUGAGCGGCCUAGUGCAGUUUGUGCCCAAGGAAGAACUACAGGACCGGCUGGUGGUGGUGCUGUGCAAUCUGAAGCCUCAGAAGAUGCGCGGCGUCGAGUCCCAAGGCAUGCUCCUGUGCGCUUCCACAGAAGGGGUAAGCCGCCAGGUUGAGCCCCUGGACCCUCCGGCAGGCUCGGCCCCUGGAGAGCGAGUGUUUGUGAGGGGCUAUGAGAAGGGCCAGCCAGACGAUGAGCUCAAGCCCAAGAAGAAAGUCUUUGAGAAGUUGCAGGCUGACUUUAAGAUUUCGGAGGAUUGCAUUGCACAGUGGAAGCAAACCAACUUCAUGACCAAGCUGGGGAACGUCUCCUGUCAAUCACUCAAAGGGGGCAACAUUAGCUAGCCAGCCGGGCGGUGGCCCCCCCCCCCACCCCAUCAUCCCAAGUCAUCUGCUGGCUCCUCCGUUGCCUCCGCCCAUCACCCGUCCCUGGACAGGAUGCAGCAGGUUUGGGUCUUCUUAGGUGGGCAGCUUACCCUCCACAGAUCCGAGGACCAUCCACCUGGCUGACUUCCAGGGAGCAGCAGCAGGGCAGGACAGCUCUACCAUCUUCCCUGGGCAGCAGACUUUUGAGAAAUCUGGUUUCCAUGUAACUAACUCGGAGAGAAGGCGAAUGCCACAACCCUCUCUAAUUGGAAAAACCUUGAUUCCCAGGUUUCCCCGGCAUGAUUCUGGCAGCUGUGCCUUGGCUGGGAUCUGGAGCUUGGACUGGGCCCACAGCUUCUCCCCAACAGGAAACUGUGGGAUUUGUAAAGUAAAGAGAAGGGAAAGCAGGGCACCUCGUGGUCUACCAAGUGCUUGGCACCUUUCCCGUGAGGCCUGGCACUCGGCGGGCAGGGCCCGCCUCAAGGUUCCUGGAAUUCCCCUGGAGUUUAUAGGUCGGGAACCAGCUGUGUACUGUUAGCGUUGGGUGGGGCGGUUGGAAUGCUGCUCCACAUGGCUGGCUUCUCUCACAAAAUUAGCCAUUGCCACCAUGAGUUCAAAUAAAAUGUCUGAACAGAGGUGUCUGGCUGGAGCUGGAUGGACGGGGAGGACAGAGACCUGAACGGGGAAGUAGCUGCAGGAACCUCCCCAGCCCCUGGUGCUUAUCUUUGAGGAUUGCGGACCGACUUUGGAGUUGAGCGGGGAACACCCUGGCUUUCCCGCGGUCCCACUUCUGGGUCCUCCGACAGGAAACUCCCUGGGAAGUGUGGGCCCACCCUCACCACAGCCCUGGCCGGUCCGCCUACCCACCCACCCUCAAUAAACAGCAGCCACAAGCCAA